ACUAGCUACUUUGUCCAAUCUUCAAGUAUUAAACAUUGUUACUAUUUAUAAAAAUGAGAUCUUCUGAUAUAUUCUGCAAUAGCAAUGUUUCUGGGAGGUAUGUAAAAACUGAAUAAUGGCCUACUGCAUGCAUUGAGUACUAUCACUUGCUUUAUUAUUUGUGCAUAAAAAUGUCCUGUUCUAACUUCUAAUUAAAAUUCCCAUAUAACAAUCUACAAAUCAGGGUGUUGUGUCAAAAGUGGUCAAUCUUUGUUUCAGUAUCCGAUCAGUGAGGCUGUGGCUUACUACAAUGUGACAGUGAGGAAAGAAUCGGGGGAAACCAGCAGUCAAACCAGCAGUUACAAAGUUAAAAAUUCAUCUCUUAUCCUGAUCCUGUCUUAUUCUGCAUAUAACAUCAGCAUCAGGGCCUUUAACAAUGCUGGAUCAUCUCCUGUUUCCAGUAUAAUCAUUGAACGAAUGGAUGAGUGGCAAGAUUUGUUUGGGCCAUUCAGUGUCAACAUUACGAGUAACAACAGUUUCAGCCUGUCUUGGAACAGCUCCAUCUCAAGUGUGUGUUACUCUGUGGAGUGGUGGGCCAAAGGACAGAUACCUGCUUUCCAGCCAUUCUACGUUAAGAGGAACCACAAAGAAAUAACUGGCAUAACCAAGAACACUUUUCAGCCCAAUACAAGAUAUUAUUUCUUCCUGCACACCAGACCAGACCAAGACACCUGCAACAUGAAAAAUGUGAACAAAAGUGAGACAACCUAUGGCAAAACCCAAGCUUAUCUCUCUGAAGGAAGUCCUAUCCGUGCUCCUGGGAAUGUGAGCGUUUUGAAUAUUACUCAGCAUUCAGCAGUAAUAACAUGGAUCCCUUUGUCUGAGGAAGACUUGUAUGGAUUCUUAUCAGGCUACUACUUGUAUUACUGGAAUACAGAAGACAUUAAUGAAACAUCCAUCAAAGUGGAUCCCAGCAUAAACAGUUAUGAGCUGCUGAAUCUGCAAAGCAGCAGUGCAUAUAGUGUGCAGCUGUGUGCAUUUACAGUGGCAGGAGAAGGAGAACGCAGUGAUGUUAAGCACUUCGUCACGGAUCAGCCUGCAGAGUUCACAGCUUUGAAUGGCAUUAUAGCUGCGAUCCUUGUGGGAAUAAUAAUUCUUCUAAUAGCAGUUCAUGUCAGCUGUCGGAUUUUGCACCGAGCCAAGAAACUGCUCUGGCCUAGUAUACCAGAUCCAGAGAAGAGCAAUGCUGUUCAAAAAAUUGUAAUCACCUAUGAACUGAGUCUCCUGGAGCCACUGACCAGACAAAAGUUAGAGGAAAGUGAGGGUUGUGAUUCCAGUACAGUGUGCUUCAUUGAGAACAAGAGUUAUGCAUUUUCAUUCAGCAGUCCUUCCCCUUCUCAAGCCGGUGUGAAGCUUCAUCUCAGUGAAGAUGAGGACAGCCUUUCCAGUAUGAGUGAGAUCAACCCCCCAGAUACCCCAACACAAGUCCCCACCAGAGAAUCUGUUUCUACAGAGACCUUCCCGCUGGACUUCAGAAAAACAGACUGCACUUUCAGCAAUUCUGUUAAUAAUGAAGUCAUGAGUUUAGAAAGCAAAGACUCUGGAGAGACUAUUACAGGUUCAGUCUUCACUCCAGCAACUUCCAAAACGCCUGCUGUGGUUUUCAUGAGCGAUUACACCACCAUGGAGAUCUUCAAGCAGGUCACCAUGAAUGGAAUUCAGAGUCCAUCUAUUCAAACAGUAAAACCAAGUUUUGUUGCUGGACAUCCGGGACAGGAUUACAUUCGACAGUCUGUAUUGCAAUAAGUAAACAGUCUAGUAAACAUGAUUGAUGUAACAGAACUAAAGUUUUAAUACAGCUUCAGCCACAGUGAUUAUUUGACAAUCCCUCUGGGGUCAUUUAUAAGCAUUCAUUUUCCUGUUACAACUGAACUUUAGUGACUACUCAACAUCUCCCACAAUGGAUAUAUUAAAUGUUCUCAUUUGUUCACAAGUGU